UGAGGGUGAGAUUGUGCUUGUAGAUAUGCCUGCAUUUGCUGCCCAUUAACCUCCUCAGAGUUGCCGCUUGGACGUCGUUGGGUUUCUCAUGUAGACCGGUUGCCAGCGCAUAGUCCUCGAAUUCAUCCCUGAAGUUGUUCCAAUUAGUAUUCCAGUCCCCUGUGAGAACCAUGGGAGUUGGUGGCGGAAUGUUCGCUGCCAUAGCGAUGGAAUAGGAGAUCUCUUUGCCUUCAGCCAUCGACGGAUAUAAGGCCAGAGCUGCUUCAUCACCGCACAACUGCAACCUGCCACUGAACCUGCAAUUCACCUCUUCAAUCUACUGCUCCUAAAUACUUAAUCAUGAGUAUGAACUACAUGAGCACCGAGAGGAUUCUGCUGAAAGGGGACUACCUCCUCUCCAACAAUGGACAAUUUAAAGCUAUCUUUCAGACCGAUGGCAACUUUGUGCUCUACGGUUGGGGUCGGGUUGUCUGGGCAUCAAACACUGUGAACAAAGAUGCUCAGAGGCUCAUCCUCCAACAGGAUGGUAACCUGGUCAUCUACACCACACAGGACCAUCCCAUUUGGGCAAGUCACACUGCCCGUUGCAACAAUAGACAAAGAGGUCACCUCACCCUCACUGACAAAGGUACCCUGGAGCUCUACGGAGAUCGAGAGGUGAUCUGGAAAUCAUAACAUCAUUGGAUCCUCAUACCUGUCUACUGUAACACCGACCGGCCCAACAAUGCACAAAGAGGUCACCUCACCCUCACUGACGAAGAUGCCCUGAUGCUCUACAGUCCCAGAAAUGUGGUCUGGUGCUCUCGUGAGGACACUAGUAAUGAGGCAGAGUAACAUCUUCACUUUACCAUACCUGUCUACGUCUACCACUAAAAUGUGGAUUCAAAAGCCUUGAGGCUUUUUCAAAUCAAAUCAAAUGUUAUUAGUCACAUGCGCCAAAUACAACAGGUGUAGUUACGAGCCCCUAACCAACAAUGCAGUUAAAAAAAAUAAGGAUAAGAAUAAAAAAUAAAAGUAACAAGUAAUUAAAGAGCAGCAGUAAAAUAACAAUAGCGACACUAUAUACAGGGGGUACCGAUACAGAACAAAAGAGCAGGGGCACCGGUUAGUUGAGGUAAUAUGUACAUGUAGGUAGUUAGUAAAGUGACUAUGCGUAGAUGAUAACAACAGAGUAGCAGCAGCGUAAAAGGGGGGGGAGCAAUGCAAAUAGUCUGAGUAGCCAUUUGAUUAGGUGUUCGGGAGUCUUAUGGCUUGGAGGUAGAAGCUGUUUAGAAGCCUCUUGGACCUAGACUUGCCAUGCGAUACCAGAGAGAACAGUCUAUGACUAUGGUGGCUGGAGUCGUUGACAAUUUUAAUAAAGAAUAAAAUAAAGAAUAUAUUGGCUUUUAAAGUAGUGGUUUGUGUUGUAAUUCUGUGCAUUGUGACUGUGCUGAUUCUCAAUGUUUUCUGUAGACAAUAAACAUCACUACUAACUUUUCAUCAUGGA